UCUUGGCAUUUCCUUAUCGGAGCCCAUGCGUCAACGAAACUCCGCCGGGGAAGCUCCUCCCUCUUUCUUUCCUACUUAAACUCUCCUCUCUUCCCAUUUUUCCCUUUUCACACUUCCAACCCCUUCAAUUCCUCCAAAAUGUCUUCCGUCGCUCGUGCUAUCCGCCCCUUCGCUUCCCGGGUCCUUGCCCAGAAGCCUCUGGCUUCCGCCUGCCGUGCCUCGCCCGCUUUCCGUUUCCCGCGGGGAACCAGGAGCUUCUCCCAGAGCCCUCUUUCCCAGCUGAAGAAGUACACCGAGUCUCACGAGUGGAUUGAGUUGGCCGACGGCGGCAAGACUGCCAAGAUCGGUAUCACCGACUACGCUGCUCACUCCCUGGGUGAUGUCGUCUACGUCGAGCUUCCCGAGGAGGAUCUCGAGAUCGCCGCCGGCGAGCCCGUCGGUGCCGUUGAGUCCGUCAAGUCUGCUUCCGAUGUCCUCUCCCCUGUUGCUGGUAAGGUCAUCCGUGGCAACAGCAUCCUCGAGGAUAAGGCUAAGACUAUCAACGAGAGCCCCGAGGGUGAGGGCUGGAUUGCUGAGAUCGAGGUUGCUGAUGCUGCUGAGCUUGAGGCGCUUCUCGACGAGGCUGCUUACAAGGCUACCAUUGAGGGUUAG